GGCAGUUCGGUUGCAAAGAUGCGUUGGGAUCUUGAAGGAUCUCGUCUGGAGAAGAAGAAGAAGAAGAAGAAGAUGGAAUCCGCUGCAGCUCAGCCGCAAGAGAGCAGGCCUUCAGAGGCAGGAGGUUGAGGAGGCAUCUGAUGAGCUUCAGGCGUUUCCUUUUUUUCCUCUCUAUGGCUGCUUCCUAAAUCUGUUUCCAGCACCAUCAUCUCCAUCUCUCUCUCUCUCUCUCUGCAGUGCUACCUUAAGGGGUUGGUUGACAUCAGCCAAGUGGGAUGGCUUAUGUGGGUUGAGUUUCCUGUGCAAAAGAGGUCAGCUGUUAUCCAUCCCUUUUCCCCCCUCCCUCCUCUCUCUUUCUCUCCCUCCCCCUUUCUGUCUCAAUUUCCCCCCUUUUUUCUUUCCUCCUCUUCCUACCCCUUUUUCCCUCCCCUCGCUUGAUCUCGCUGCAGUGCAAGACCUUCAUCUCGGGGGCUUCCCCCACGCCCUAGUCCUCUCUCCCCCCCUUCUCUCUUUCUCUCUCUCUCUCUCUCUCUCUCUUUCUCUCUCUCUCUCUCUGGCUCUCUCUCUGGCUCCCCAGUGCCUCUCGGAUACUCUGGAUUAACGCACAGUGAUGUAUAAUCCACAGAAUGCCCAGCAGUAUCGGAAAAAGAUUUAAACCGACAAAAUACAUCCCCGUCUCUACCGCAGCCACCUUAUUAGUGGGGUCAACUUCGCUCUUUUUCGUCUUCACGUGCCCGUGGUUGACCAGAGCCAUCUCCCCAGCUGUUCCACUCUACAAUGGGCUCGUAUUCCUGUUUGUGCUUGCAAACUUCAGUAUGGCCACGUUUAUGGACCCAGGAGUCUUCCCACGAGCCGACGAAGACGAGGAUAAAGAUGACGACUUCCGAGCGCCACUCUAUAAGAACGUGGAGAUCAAAGGCAUCCAAGUUCGGAUGAAAUGGUGUGCCACCUGCCACUUCUACCGCCCUCCUCGUUGCUCCCACUGCAGCGUUUGCGACAACUGCGUUGAGGAUUUUGAUCAUCACUGCCCUUGGGUUAAUAACUGUAUCGGAAGACGAAACUACCGCUAUUUUUUCCUUUUCUUGCUGUCUUUAAGUGCCCACAUGGUCGGCGUGUUCACCUUCGGGCUCAUCUAUGUCUUACAUCACGCUGAAAAAGUGGGUGUGGCCCACACCGCCGUCACAAUGACAGUCAUGUGUAUCGCUGGGCUCUUCUUCAUCCCAGUUAUUGGCUUGACUGCUUUCCACAUUGUUUUGGUGGCCCGAGGACGCACAACCAACGAGCAGGUGACGGGUAAGUUCCGUGGAGGAGUCAAUCCUUUUACUCAAGGAUGCUGUGGGAACGUGGAACAUGUCCUUUGCAGCCCCCUGGCUCCUAGGUACAUUGUGGAUCCCAAGAAGAAAGAGAUGGUAAGCGUGAAGCCCCCUUUCCUGAGGCCGGAUCUAAAGGAGCGACAGAUCACCGUCAAAAUAAGUGACAACGGGGUUCAAGCCAACCUCAACCAGAGCAAGUCUAAAAUUAGCCUUGAAGCGCUGGACGAAAAUACCAUGGAUAUACAGCCUCCACUUCCACCCAAAGGGGAUUCCAGUAAAUACAGCGAACUGGGAAGCACCGAAGAGAGCAGCCUUUCUCCCAAACUGAUGAGUCCUCCCACACCUGCCAUGUACAAAUAUCGCCCUGCUUUCAGCAACAACUCUAAAGUCCACUAUCAUGGAACAUCUGAGCAGAUCUCCCUCCAGGAAGGACUCCGGCAGAGCUCCCUGGCCGACGACAAUGACAGCAGCCUGGAUUAUCAAUCCGAGCCGAGCAUGGAGCUCCCCAACUAUCGGAAGAGUUCUCUUCACAAGACCUAUCAGUCUUCUCCGCUCCAAGCCGAUUCUUUCGCCGCCAACUCCAGAUCCCUCAGUCUGAAAACGGGUGUCCGGAGAGGCCCCGAGAAACUGCCCCUCCAUUCCAUGAAAUCCGAAGGGGCGACCUCAACCCCCUACAAAAGCAUCUUCGCCCCCAAUUCUCUCUCCAACAGGAACGGGAGCUUAUCCUACGACAGUUUGCUCAACCCCAUUUCCCCAGCCGGGAAGCGGUGCAUUGCGCACGCCGCGGUGGGCUCCGUCGGAUACCACUCGCCAUAUUUGUCUGCCAAAAUGUGCCAUCUGCGGGGAAGGGAACUCCAGCGCCCGUCUCCCCAGACCUUUAGCCCCAGGCAGGGUGGGCCAACCCCGCACCCGCGAGACCCCUCUCCAGUCCGCUACGACAACCUGUCGAAAACCAUUAUGGCGUCCAUCCAAGAAAGGAAGGAGAUGGAGGAGAGGGAGAAGCUCCUGCACUCUCACCCAGACUCCGUGUUUGCAGAUUCGGGGGUGUAUGACACCCCGAGUUCUUACAGCCUUCAGCAAGUCAGCCUGCUCUCGGACGAUCCCCGUAGCUUAGUCUUGAGAUACGGCUCCAGAGACAAUUUAAUGCCCCACAGCAGCUUCAGCGCACGCAAUCCGGCUUUACAGACGUCUGUUUCUUCCCUCUCCAGCGCCAUGACCCGAGUGUCAAGGACUUCCACACCUUCUCUCCAAGCAGACCUAGCCAAUAACAACAUCCAAGCCCAUCAGGCACUGCAGGGCAGGAUGAGCAACGGCUCCUACAAAUCGCCAAGCCACCAAGUUCCUUCGUCUCCCGGUGGGAUCCCCCGGUCUCCCUCCUAUGGGGCUCCAAAAUCCGUCUCCUUCGUUAACACGAUGGAGCUAACAGAAGCCCAGUCCAUAGGCCCUGCGAGCCACAGAGAGGACGUCCCGCUGAAGAGCCCUCACAGUAAAAUCAAUGGACAGCCAAAGGGUCUUUCCAGAGUCGAGUGUCGAAUAGGCUCAACUUCUAGUGUCCAAGCUCCUGUGAGUCCAGCUAGACACUCAAAUGUUAAGAAAGUCUCUGGGGUGGGCGGAACAACUUAUGAAAUUUCAGUGUAAACAAAAUGAGAAGAGUAAGAAUAUGGGAGAAAGAAGACACCCCCUGCAAGUCCAUCUGUGGAGCUACAUACACUGUGAAGAUCCAACAGGAACAGAAGGAGGAAACCAACUGAGGGUGUCUGCUCUGUAUUAUUUUAUGGCUGGAUUUAUGAUUCCCCACCCCCAACCAUUUUGAAAAGGCAACAUGGAGGUCCUCCUCUGCUGGCCAAGGCCAGCUGUAGGCUUAUCCUUCAAAGGAUGAUGCACUUGGCACAGCUCGUUGGAUACUUCCUGGACAAACUGAUCCGUCUACCACCGACAAUGUCUGCUAUGUCAAACAAUGGUAAAAAACCAUUGUGCAUUUGUCUUUGUCCAUCCCAUCCUGUCCUUAGACCUUUUGUUUUCUCCUCCACCCCUGCUUCAAGUCUCCAGGCUGGCCAAGAUGAAGAAUUGAUGGAACUCAUGAGGAAAAGGAGAUGGAACUCAUGAGGAAGAAGUUAUGGAACUCAUGAGGAAGAAGUGAUGGAACUCAUGAGGGAUGGAACUCAUGAGGAAGAGUUGAUGGAACUCAUGAGGAAGAAGUGAUGGAACUCAUGAGGAAGAGUUGAUGGAACUCAUGAGGAAGAAGUGAUGGAACUCAUGAGGAAGAGUUGAUGGAACUCAUGAGGGAGAGGAGAUGGAACUCAUGAGGGAGAGGAGAUGGAACUCAUGAGGAAGAAGUGAUGGAAUACAAUAAGUUUCUGGUUUUCUCUUCUCAGCCCAUAUGUGAUCUAUACAAAUCUCAGAAGACCUGCGUUUGAGGCAAGCAAGUGCUACCUAAUUUAUAGUCUUCUGGAUCCUCAACCAUUUCCUUACCAGUGGUGGUCUUCUUAAUAAAUUUCAGAGGUGGCCGAAGGGAAUCAGGUUUGCGCAUCCAUGCUUUGGGCCAGACAUACAUCUUCCUCCUGUUAGGAUGAGUGGGGAAUUCAUACGCAUACACUCAUGAGAAACCUAAUCUACCGAAGGAAGGUUGAUGGACGCCACUAGACCUCCGAGUCAUGUUCAGUCUCUUAGUCGCCAUCCUUUGGGCCAAGAAUUGGGACGAUUUUCUAGCCAUCUUCUUACCAUCUGCUGAAACAUCUGAAAACAAUAAUGCUCCCAUGAAGAGUUGCGCAAAUAAGGGACUUUCUUAUCCCCCCCCCCCUUUGGACAAUUCUAGGUGGAUUUUCAAAUAUUACCAGUAACCCUGUCCUUCUUUUGAAGGGGAAAAAAAUCAAAAUAUUUGAGAAGGUAACUUAUGAUUUUAAAACAGCCAUACUCCUUCCAACUCUCCUGCUCCUGGGGGCUGUGAAACGGUGUUAAAUUGUCUUGCACUGGUGCAGCAGCGUG